UUGUAUUUUUGCUCUUAUUACAAUCGUAUCUUAUAAGGUAAUUUAUUAGAUCAUUAGAAUCUUAUUAUUCGAUGGAUUUUCCUUUGCAAUAAUGUUGUUUUACCAUUUAAGGGUUUUACGGUGUAAAAGGUAUUCCUUGGUAAUUACGUACGAUAAAUGUAUAGUUCUUAAUAUAUAUAAAAAUGAUAUAUAUCGUGAUAUAUAAUACGUAUCGUGAUAAUUAAUGGUAUUACAGUACAGUUACGGUAUAAUACAUUACUUAGAAUAAUUAACGUGAAUAACGUUUAUGAUUCGUUACAUGAAUAAUUUAUUAUAUCUUAAGAAUUGAAAAAUAGUUAGUGCAUCUUCGGUAAUUGUUAGGAAAUAAUAGAUAUAUACAGUAUAUUUUUACGUAUUUAAUAGAAUAUACAUUUGGAGAUUUUCUAAUCGUUGUUAAAGUUGUUCAAACGAUAUAUUAUGUAAUACACAGUAGGUAAAGUACCAAAUUUAAUAUUGUAUCGUAUGAAAAUAAUGCCACAUACAUCGUGUAACUACCAACGUAAGCACCUGAAGUUACACACUAUCGUUAAAUAUUCUUCUUUUCAAACGACGUUUUAAAUCUUCUAAGCAAGGUGUAGUUAAACCACAUGGAUAUCUAAAUGACGACAAAUUUGAAAUAUUCAGAUCCAUAUUAUAAUUAUCUCACGUAAGUAUCUGCUGUACAUUUGCCACAGUGUAAAUGUAGUUUUCACUGAACCAUUUUAAUGGUACCGUUUAUUCAAGAGCGCCGAGAUUCAAGAAACACAUUUAAAAGUCGCUUGAUUUAAACGUCCAUUAAGACAGACUUUUUCGAAUAAUUCUAUCAUUUCUCAUCACGGUAAUUGCCACUUGCGCGGUAGACGCAUCGUUUAAGAAACGAUAUUUACAUUUGUACGCGAUUAUAAUUAAUCGUUGCUUAUGAUCGAAUCUAAGAAACUUUUUGCCAAGGAACGAGUUUGUCUCGCGUCGUUAGUGCCUGAUGAUCAGAAGACGCGUAUCUGUUUCGGUUUUUACUCGAUUCAACUCCCUGAUAGUUUUGGAAUAAGUUACCGUUGGCUUUGGUGACACUUACAAAUUACCCAGGGAUAUAAGAAUUAAUGACUUUAGUCCUGGCUCCACUACUCGUACGUUGUUUAUGGGAAAUCUAUGUAUCUCUCCGUGAUGAAAUAAUACGUCUCUCCCACAUACUACGAAUAGUUUAGGUGCACGAAACACUAAGAAAUUAUCGCGUCAGUGUGAGGAGAUGCCUCGAACUCCACGAGACCGGAUAUAUAAUUUCGAACCUAAACUUUGUAUUAUUAUUUUUAUUUUUAACAUCUAUUUGUUAAUAUCCAAUAAUUGGGGAAUUAAAUAUUCUACAUUAUUUUACACUAUCUACUAUUUCUCGUGAACAUUGCCCACAUGAGGAUUUAAGUAAAAUCAUUGGUAACGUACUAAGUACUGUUUAGGACUGGGAAGAUUUGUAUUACUUACUUUCAGGAAUGUGGUAAAUUAUACGCAUCAUUCAAAAAAAUUUUUUAAUUGCUGAAAGAUUUACGAUAUCCAUGAACAAAUUAAUAUAAAAGUGCGUCAUAAUUAUAGCACCGUGAACUGUUAUUACUAGCGAAUAAUUAAAUUGAAGACCUCCUUUAUUCGGUCAUUGUAAUUAAAAAUUACGAAUAUCUUGCAAGUAAAAAUUAUCUCCAACAGCAAUCAUUUAUACAUUUAAUCAACGCCAAUUUUAGCUCGAGUUAAAUUCAAGUUCUAAGAACCAAAGAAUAAUAAACCAGUAAAUAACACGAAAACCACGAAAUAUAUUUAAAUAAUUUAUACACGCUAUGAAAUAAACGUAGAUAUUACAUGAAACGAAGUAUAUUCUUUGGUAUCGUGUUUCAAUAUUCAAGCAGUAAUAAAACGGUAAUUUUGCGACAUUUUAACACAACGGAAAAUCAAGCUGUACAACAGCGGAAGAGCUGAUCUCGCGUAACUAAUGCGAUCAAGAGAUUUGUACUGCGAUUUAUUCGCCAAGACAAAUCAUCAUGCCGUGGCACGCGUGCUCGUAGCUCGCGUCCGGUUUUAUUCGCGGAUGCUCGAGUCGAUGAAACAGAGAAUCGUCUGGGAAAGGACGUACUCGGGAUCUCAUGAAAGGAUGCCACGGGGAAUUAUUAACGUGGGAUCUAUCUGGCGAAUCGCAGAAGUAGUAAGUUGGGGACACCGUUACGGCGCCGCGGCGAUACGAACAAGCCCGUAACGUAACCGAUCGUUCGAAGCAUUCCAACUUUGAGACAUUGCAAGAAUGUCUAGCUCGCCUACCUUUCGAACGAUCCUCGUUAAAAACUUCGUGCACAUAAAUAGACAUGUAUGUGAUACUCGGAAGAUAGGUUUCGUGCAUUCUACGUUCGGUAUUUGUAAUCUUUCACAGGUUCGCGAGCAAUAAUUCCUGCAUACUAUGGGAACUCCAGCGAGAUGACCCUGCGUAUCCGGGAACGAUCAUAGGAUGAUUGUUAUCUCGAUCGGUUUAAACGGCAAAUAAUUGAUGGCACGCGGAAGGUUUGAUUUUUCAUGCACCAAAAUCGGAAGCACGUGAGAACCUUGUUGCGAACUAUAACACGCGACAAACACAAGAAUAGCAGUUACAAUGUAAAUAACCGUGCUGACGAUAAUGAUUACGUCAUCAACGAUAGAAACGACCGUCGUGACGAUAAUCGCGUCGUAAUCUUUUAUGUGCAUUACAUAGAGUUGAUAGGCGUGCCAAUUAAAGGAUAUUGGUACAUGUCAAUCAGUUGCGUGGUCGAUUCUCGGCCGACUAACGCUAAAAAUCUAAGGUAAAGAAGAUACGUAUGUAUAUAGGUCAGGCUGCUUUUAUGUCUUCGCUAUAAUUAGUCAAUUAACAUUUCCUGUUCACAGAAACAACCGCAUUAAAAUUUAUGAGGUAAAGAACAUUUUCUUCGAAUUGUGUUUACAAUCUCAUUCAUAUCUCCAUUCUCCUGCAUGGUAAAGCAUUUCGGACUAUUAUUUCAUAUAGACAUUAAUCGGUAUAGACGUACCGUUUCUCACGAACUACAAAAAUACGUAUUGUAUGUAGUAAACUUCUCGGGGCCAAAGAAUAACGAAACGAUACGUUAAAAAGGAAUUCGACAAAACGGAGCAUAACGAAUUUUGUAUCUGUACUUUAAUUCGAAUGCUAUUCGCAUGAUUUUACGGCAUUCUUGCGCUCAUCGAGUUUGCUUUCGCCGAUCGUUCCGCGAGAAUAAACACGAAACGGUAGCCAUUCGAUAAUAGCCACGAAUCAUUAACUGUGACUCUGUUAACGCAUUAGCAGUGGAAAUUGUUAUCGGGGUAUGCCCCGAUGCAGAUUCGAAUCGAUCGCAAUGAGAUCCAUUUCAGUUUGUAAGCGUUGCCACUGCGUUAAUUAAAACAUGCUUAGCGAUACGGCAUUCUUAGUAUCCAGUCGACACGCUGUCUACUACACACGUCGACUCACGAACGCCGCUGACGUUCAACUAUAUUAUUCGUAAUCUGUGACGUGCCACUUACGCGUACAACACAGUAGUAAACUCAAUUUUAAUUAACGUCGUCCGCAUAACAGCGUCGUACUCAGCUGUUCGCCGAUAUACGCCAGCUGGUUUCUUCCUUUUGUUUCGUGUAUUACGAUGUAAGCCUAACAAUUGGCAACGUGACGUCGCGACGUGUACAUCGAUGAUUAUGUAAAUACAGUCGACGAGAAUAACAAGUGGACAAGUAGCGGAAGUAUCAAUGAAUUUUAAUCGAACUGAUUUAUAGUUUAUAUACUUCAGUUUUAUUUAUUACAUAUGCUCUUAGUAUUAUAAGUUAUUUAGUGAAAAAUCGAAAUUAAUACUUACAUUUUUGUAUAAACAAGCCAUAUUCGACGAAACUUCAUUGAUACCUACUUCCAUUACGUGUCCAUUUAUUUUUGUCCCCUUCAUAAAUAUUUAACAAAUGAGUAUUGAAAUUAGAUCUACGUAACGAUCUACGUAAUGUAUAUAACUAAUAAAUUGUAUCGAAAUGUAAUAAGAAAAAGGAAGCGUGAAGAAGCAUAUUUCCAGAAAUUAAAGUUAGGUCGAUUCAUAGAGUUCGACAAAAACGGUACCCUUGUGAGGAUUAAGUUCUUUAAAAAUUACCAGUUACUAAUCUACUUCGAUGAGACAACAUUCAAGACUAUGAAAAAGCGUCGAACCGCUCGUUAUAGUCGAUAGUCGAAGAAUAAAAAACGGUCAAAGACCGUUGAAAGCUGAGGCUGGAAGGAAAACAAAAUAAAUCGCUUGGGACAGUCGUAACGCCACGAUCAUUUGGUUAUUAAGAGAACAAGGUUGUAAGGCGGUCGCUGUCAAUUGAAAGCUCUGUGAAGCGAUGCAUUUAAUUUGACAAAAAACAGUAGACUCGGCAAGCCGCUGAUCAGCUCCGACUCGAUUUGCCGUUGAGAUUUGCUUCGAGCAAAAUCGUGACGCAACGACCGCUAAAAAUUUAUUAUCGACUCUCGUGACAAUCGUAAAGCUAAUCGCUGAAUCAUCGACGGUUGGUCCAUUAUACAGUCAAUGAUUGAUGUGUACCGCCGAUUGUAACGUUGAAAAUCCAUCGGCUUAAGCUACUCAUAAAUGGCUUACCGCGAAAAUGGACCACAGUCGUCGAGUUUUAUGAAUGGUUGCGGAGAACAGGUUUCAGUCUGGAUACGCGAUCGUUAAUUUUAUUUUUAUCUCGCGAACGUUUUAUUUUCCUUUUAAUCCCGGAUACCCAUAUCGCUUUAACCAGCGCGUUUCAUUUUCCCACGCAUGAAAUUGAAAUCUCAAAUCGAUCAAUUCGCUCGUCUAACAUGAAUCGGCACCAGAUACCCAAGGUUGAAUUAUACGCUCCUUUUACUUGUUUAUUGCUAGCCAUCCGAAUGACAUAGCAAAUAAAAUGAAGCAGACGAUCGGUCUUCCCUGUAAUUAUCAUUUCCUCUCGUUCGUUUAGCUUCACCCGAAGGUGAUACGGAUCGUGGAGCGAAAUAUAUUACGGAGCAAAAUACUGACUACUCUGAUUGAUCGUAGGAUUUGCUGUACGCAAAGGCAGUAUUAGAGACGUGAUCAAAGGAACGAGGAACUGGCCGAACCGAAAAGCGUAUCUCAUCGUGAGAGGCUGGGACCUCCAGGAUGCCAGGGGUGUGGAGGUUGCUACGUAUGCUGAUCUAUAUGGUGGUUGGCUUGAAGAGCGUUGGUAGCAAUAGCGACAUUUGGCCGCUAGAAAGGCCAGAGGGAAUGCCAGCCAUACAAUCUCUCGAGGUGAUGUGUGGAAAGGAUCACAUGGAUGUACAUCUCUCGUUCUCACAACCCUUCGAGGGCAUCGUCUCGUCCAAAGGCCAACACGCCGAUCCGCGAUGCGUCUACGUUCCACCGUCCACUGGCCAGACUUUCUUCUCCUUUCGGAUAGCCUACGCGAGAUGCGGUACCAAGCCGGAUAUGCAUGGACAGUUUUAUGAGAACACUGUUGUCGUUCAGUACGACAAAGAUUUGCUCGAAGUCUGGGACGAAGCCAAACGACUGCGAUGCGAAUGGUUCAACGAUUACGAAAAGACUGCUUCGAAACCGCCAAUGGUUAUCGCGGAUCUCGACGUAAUACAGUUAGACUUCAGAGGCGACAACGUGGAUUGUUGGAUGGAAAUUCAACAUGGCAAGGGACCAUGGGCACCUCCGGUUUCCGGAAUAGUACCGCUCGGCUCUACUCUCACCCUAGUCGUCGCUAUAAACGAUUAUCGAGGAGAAUUCGACAUGCGCGUCAAGUCGUGCGUGGCCUCGGACGGCGGUGGACACACGAUACAGCUGAGCGACGAGUUCGGAUGCGUGCUGAGGCCGAAGAUGAUCAGCCGAUUCUUGAAAGCACGGGGUUCCGACGAUCGGGCGACGGUCAUCACUUACGCCUUCUUCCACGCGUUCAAGUUCCCGGACGCGUUGAGCGUGCACAUCAAGUGCAAGGUUGAGAUCUGUCGUCACGGCUGUUUGGAUCACUGUCAGCUCAGUGGAUCCGUUGGCCACUACAUUCAAGAGCGCAAGGAUCAGAUACGACCGCAAUACCCGCAAACCACGGUACCGCCCACCGUUCACAACGACGAGGACAACAGUGCCGACAAGAGCAACGAAAACGUAGGUGGUGGAACCGAGCAAGGUGAUGGCUCCCUUUACGACGACAUUAUUCAAGAUGGUGAUGAGAUGACCUCGAUAGGAGGUCAUUUCUUGGGGGUCGAGAAAUCAGUUCCGAAAGCACAGGCGCAGACAAGCAACCGGCUACCGGCGCCGGUAGUCGAGACACCAAACGAGGAAAUUCAUUUGGAUAACGCUGAUCUUUCAAGACCAUUCGUAGAUCCUCCACGGAUGACACGAUACGAGAGUGAUCAAGACCAAUUCCCGCACGGGCCUCGGAAUCUCGAGGGUGACAGCAGCGCGAUACCCGUGAUACCUCUCUCGUCUGCAAAUGGCAGACGAAAGAGAUCGGUCGUGGUAUCGGAUAGGAAAAUCCGCAGCGCCGAUGUCGGCGUCAGUGGUUUGUACGAGGUGAUCUCCGAAGCCGAUCUAGCCUUUAGCCCGGACACACACGCAGAAGCAGUAACGGUCUUUCAAGGUAGAAUACGCGAGGAAGUAGUUUAUGGUAUCUGCCUGCCGAUGCCCGGUUUCAGCGCGCUGUUUAUCGUCGUGGCGCUUUCUGCAGUCAUUUCCGCGCUUGUCGCCGGCGCGAUGCUGCAUCGGUUGCAAGCGCAACGUGAGGCAGUCGACAGCAGAAAGAACAAUAGAGCGGUUCACUCGACGAACGGUUGGCUACCUUACGGAUUGCUGCGCGUACGCUGCACGACGAGACCAACUCAUCUGGAACAAAUUCAACAAAAACAAACGAAUCCAGUCGCCACGAGUCCUUCGGUCGAGAGAGGUUGACGAUUCGUGACUUUUGUGUCGCUAGUGGGACGCGGCCGUGUACGCUCCAUGAAAGACAAUGUACAAUAAUACCCUGUACAAAGUAUUUUAAGUGCGUCAAAUCACGUGCGACAGGUUCUUUUUGCGAAUGAUUUCGAGACGAUCGUAUUUCCUUCGAGGGAGGAUUCUGUGACGGAAAUUUUUUCAUAGAUUUCCAUGACAACGAUAUUCUCCUUUUUCUUUUCACGCGAACUCGUAAACGAAAGCAUUGCUAGAUGAUUAUCGUCGAGUGGCAAUUAUUGGUAUUGGGUAAGUAAAGAGCAUAAUCACGCAGGAUAAUAUUUGAUCUAGAACGAAUAUAUACAAUUCGCAAGGGAGAUUUCCAUCAAGAGAACAAUGUGACAGCUAUUCGCUGUGAAUAUCGUAGAAAUGAUAUUUCAUUUUAAAUAUUGCGAAUGAUAUUAGCGGAAAUGUUUUGUUUUCUUUGUUCGAUGUUUCAUUAAUCGGAUCAAAGACGAUAGGUGAAAUGCUUUCGGCGCGUAUUUUUUUCUUUAGGUAAUUCGUUAACGAAAAGGUGCGUAUUAGUAUUUUCUAUGAGUCUGUAGAGUACGAAUUAAUGCAAUUAAAAUGAUUUAUUGUUCUAUCGUAAGUCGUAAUAUGCCUUGUAGCAUUGCGCGUCUGUUAUCUAUUUAAUGAUGAAUUCACUAGAGGUGCUGAUAACGAUAUUUGUUAAUUAUAAUAGAAAUCGAACGGCGUUCGAUAUAAUAAAAAUUAGUAUGCUACAACAGUGUAGGAAUGAAUAUAUACAAUUUUGUAAACUAUACGUAGUCUUUAUAUUUUUAUUUAAAAUAUUUCUUUUAGAGAUUGACAUUUUGAUAUUUAUUAUUGACAAAUAAUAAUAAAUAUUGUACAUAAAAGGAGAAUAUUUUUUACAAAAAUUUAAUGUUAAUCUGCCUUUGAAUAAUUUAUAUACAUUCAUAUACUACGAUUAAUGAUGAUGUUAUAUAAAAUUUAUAUACAUAUAUUUUUUCAGAAAGAGAUUAUUUUCUAUUUGUAUCUUUAUAUAGAAUAACAUUUGAAUUACAUUUGUAUAAAAUAUAGAAUUAAAAUGUUUUAUAUUAGUAUUUGGCAAAUAAGAAUUCUACUUGUUAGAUAUAUGUAUUCUCUUCCUUCUCAUGGUCCCUUUUUAGACACGAACCUUUGCUCAUUAUCGAUGAUGUAGGUAUGCCAGAGUUUUCGAUAUCUCGUAUCGUUUGAUUUAAUUACACUGCACUUAUUAAAUAUUAAAGUAAUAGGUAUUGAAAUAAUCGUAACAUCAGAGAAAAUGUGGAUGUCUGAGUCCGGGCGUUCUCGAUACGAUGCAUCGAUAUCAUUAAGAGAAAGUUAUUACGUUGCCUUACGCAUAAUAUGAAAUCAAUAUAGAAUAAACCGAAUUACAUAAACUAAUAAAACCUAAUAAUUAUCUGGUUUUUCGAAUAAUCGUUAGUUUCGAACAUUGCACGGAAGACGUGAUCGCGUAUUGAAUGAAAUGCGUUGGAUUAUCAAAACUCUUGGGAAACUUGAAAAUGACAGCACCUCUAGAGUUAGCCCUAAAGAGGCUGAGAAUAACAGCUAACUGAGAAUAGAAACGAUAUCGUAAAUAUUUUCAGGAAAAUUGAAAGAUGCUACUACUAAGCUUAAAUUUUCAUCUGUUUUUAAAUAUUUAUAUUAUUACGUUAGAUUAAUACGAAAAAUCGCGACAUAGUUUAAUGGAUGCCUCGAUAUGUUUAACCUUUCGUUGACAUUUUUAAUAAAGCACAUAUUAGACGUUAAAAGAAUCGAUUUAAUUUUAGAUUGAGAAAUAUAUAUAUAUAUAUAUUUUUUCGAUCCUUCUUUUGUUAGUGUCAACUGAAGGUUGAAAAUUCCAUGAAAAUCGAUUGCCUUCUCAGGUUUUUUAAAUAGGUGACUACAUAGUAGGCGAGAUUAUUUAAAAAUCUUUGAAACGCAACGCGCAUUUAGAAUGUCCAGGAAGACAUUUAAUACCAUGAACAAGAUUUUGUUACUAAACUUGAAAUACCAAGUAUAUAUACGUAAUUAUAUAUAUAAAUAAGAAGCGUAUAUUUGGAAGGUUCUAUCGUAAAAAGGGCUUUCCGCUUUAAAAGUAGUUGUGCAAGUACGAAAGCAGAAGGGCAAAGCUUUCUGUACAGGAAAGCAAGAUUUCCUCGUAAUCCCUUCCAUACGUCCUUUUACAUAUUAUAUUUUCACUUCUGUCUUUGUAAUAAAAAAUGAAAAUACUUGUCUUUUGCCUCUUCCUCUAAGAACAGAUUAAUUAAUGAUGCGGUGUUUGGAUAAUUACAUUCUAUAUACUUAUUCGUCCAAACGUUUUGCAAAUCGCCAGAAUAAUUGUGUUAUGCUAGAUUAUUUUAAGUAUAUGUAUACACGUGUAAAAAAAAAAAAGAAAGAAAGAACGUUCUCGUAUUCUUGGAGAAUACAAAAAUUGUUAAAGCAAGUAUCAACAACCACCAAUUAUGUGUGCAACUAUGUGCGAUGCUGGACAACUACCACAAUACUUCGAGCGAAAGGAACAAAGAAUUAAGUCGAUUGUUAAUCGAUAGGUUGUGUUUUUAUUUAAUAUAAAUCAAUGAUAAUGCCAAUAAAUGUAUUUACAGGA